UCGGCCGCCCCUUCCCUCCCGCCUCCUCCUUCCACCUUCGCCUCCGCGGCGCGGGCAGCCGGCAGGAGCGGGGCGCUCGGCGGGAGCUCGGCGGCGCUGACGGGGCGGCAGCGGCGGGGAGGCCGAGGCAGCCGCAGCAGGGAUGAGGGGAGACUCCUACUUCUUUGGAAUGCGAGGCCUCGGGCACUACGGCUGCAUCGCAGAGGAUGGAGGACGCUUCUUGCUCUACUCUAUAAACGGAGACAGCGAUUUGAAGAGAUGUUUGACAGAAGAAGAUUUGCAUGAAAUAAUUGACUUCAACGACCUCCCGAAUUCUCUCUUUGCUUGUAACGUUCACCAGUCCGUGUUUGAAAGCGUGGACAGUAAGGAAAAAUUUGAAGGCUUGUUCCGUGCCUACGACGACUGCGUGACAUUCCAGCUGUUUAAGAGCUUCCGACGCGUGCGGAUAAAUUUCAGUAGUCCCAAAUCAGCUGCUCGUGCCAGAAUAGAGCUGCAUGAAACACAGUUCAGAGGAAAGAAGUUGAAGUUGUAUUUCGCUCAGAUUCAGACCUCUGAGACAGAUGGAGACAAGCUUCACUUGGCUCCGCCACAGCCUGCAAAACAGUUUCUCAUCUCGCCUCCAGCCUCCCCGCCUGUAGGGUGGCAGCCCAUAGACGACGCAACACCUGUCAUCAACUACGACCUCCUUUAUGCAGUUUCUAAGCUAGGACCAGGAGAGAAAUACGAGCUACAUGCGGGAACAGAGUCCACUCCCAGCGUGGUAGUGCAUGUCUGUGACAGUGACAUGGAAGAAGACGAGGACCCAAAGAAUUCUCCAAAGCCAAAAAUCAUUCAAACUCGGCGCCCUGGUCUGCCACCUCCUGUAUCUAACUGAGCCUCCCGGCAGCAGCAGCCCUUCUCUCCUCCAGCACAGCUCUUGGGUUUUUCGUUUGCUUUCUUUUUCUUUUCUUCUUCCUUUUCUUUUUUGAAAGGCAGACGUUGCCUUUUGAGUCCCAGGACAAUCAGCUCAUUGAAAUCCCUUUGCAGUAAUCAAGCCUACGUAACAAAAGGGCUAGGAAAAAAAAAAAAAAAAGAUCUUUGUAAUACGUAACCAUAUCACACACCAACUAAUAGAUUCGCUGGGAAGGACAAAGCGAGGCUGAAGCAGGGAGGGUUUCAGGCUGAGGUUCUGCACAGCUGUAAUUUGCAUGCUCAGUCACCACCGCCAGAGAGACCCUUCACGGUGGGUGAUUAGGCUGAUAGCAGGCUUGAGAUUCAAACGCCCAGAAUACUUGCUGCUGCCCUUCAUCAAGGAGCCUCCUCCUCUGCCCUGGGUUCCCUGCACACCUCAGUCUUUUCCUCUCGUCCUUUUCUUUAAGGGGAGGGGGCGUGAGUUGUUUUCAAUCUCCUAGCAGCUUGGUGGCCUUGUCAGCCCUCUGGAGCUUUCUGUAAGGAAUACUAUCCUCGCAGCCUUCUUAGAAACCAACAGGAAAAUGGCCUGGAAGCAGCGCCGUAAGCUGGGCCCUCACGGUGACGGGGGGGCUGGGGGCAGAGGCAGCGGCGUGCUGAAGCGCUCCGUGUCUUUCAGCCGUCUCUGCAAGGAGCAGGGCCGCUGGGUGUCAGGAAGGAUUGUCACUUUCUCUUCCACAAAGGUAGGAGUGGUACUUCUCUCUGAGGUUGAGCAAGGAGAGCCUGUCUGCUCGUUGCUCCGUGUCAUAGCUGUGGCUUCUAGUAGUGACGGAGGCUGAGUGCUUCCCUAGCGGUGUGUUGAAUCGCCCCGAAUCUUCGUAUUUACUCGUGCACCCCUAAUAACCAGUCCUUUCCACUCCCCAUUCCCUGUGCUUUAAAGCCCUCCUUGAGCUGUCUGCAGUUUGGGUUUGUGGAGGCGAGGAGAUGUUAGCUGGUGUUCUUUUCUUGUUUUUUUCUUUUUUUUUUUUCUGACUUUUCUUUUUUUUUUAGGCCAAAGAAAACAGGACCAUAAUUAUGCACUUGAAAUUAGACUGCAUGCAGCCGAGUCCCCUUUUCUCACUCUGUCCCGCAUGUUUCUUUCACUUGCGAUGUACGCUGGGUUACAGAGAUGCUCUGUGUUGUCGUCAUGGCUGGCAGCAGGCAGACGCUGGGCUCCCUGUCUGGGGCACCUUCCCUGAUGAUUUCUUUCAUGCGUAUUUGUCAUUUCGAGACCACAUUUUCUGGACAUUCGAGCUCAGAUUUUGCAUAUACUUAAGCAUGCGCUUAACUUAUGCACAUGAGUAGUUCCACUGAAAUUAAUACUGCAGAAAAUCGAGCAUACGUGUAAGAUACAGUGGGAUUUUUAAGCUAACGAGCUGCAGCUGUACUCCCGAAAAUGACCACGAAACGGCACGGCGAGAUCCCGUGGUUUAAAAUCCUUUACAAGCUAAAAUAAGCCCGUACAUCUUGGAAGCUCAUUCCAGGAUCUGAAAAGUCAGCUUCGGUUGUGCAAUCAAGCUUCUUCUCAUAAAACCGAACGUGCGGGUUUGGAGGGAGGGCUCCAUUCCACCCUGAAUUAGCAGAGGGGCUCCGGGCUGCGCUAAGGCCGGGUCAGCCUGGUGGCGGUGGUGGCUCGGCAGCGCUUCCAAGCAGAGCAGGCCGUGGCAUCGGCGACAGCGGGAGGUGCCGUCCUCACGUGGAUGGUGAGGGCACCUGGAGAAGUGAGAAUUGACCAUCCCCCUACAGCUUAUCCUCUGACCGCCAGAGCUCCUAGGUAUUCCUGUUGAAAUUAGUGCUUGACGUAGUAUGUAUCUAUAAUGUGAUAAUUGUCAGUACACUAUGGACAUCAUUGUGCGUGUUACACUAAUAGAAGCACGUGGAAUGCAGCAGAGGCUGAACAAAAACGGGGCGUUAGUAUCUUCAUCGUGUCAGAGUAAAGUUGUCUUCACGUAACUCCUCGGAGGCGUCACUUCGAUUCUUUUUCAGUGAUUCAUUUAGAAUUGAUUGAAAUAAAUAAUUGUUACUCGCUGCCCUGGGACUCCAAUCUGCUGUUCCUAUUGAACGUGCCAUCACAGGCCACCUGUGAUACUUGAGGAGUAACGAUGCUCUUUUAUGAGAACGUACAGAUUUCUGAACUCCUCUGGUUUAAUACCAGUAUGAACAGGGAGAGUAAGGUUUAAAUGCUUAAGGUUUGGCAAUGGAAGAAUUCUUGGCUUCUCGUGGUUUGUCCCAGCAGGUGGCUCGGCAGUCGCUCCAGUCGCUCCAGUCGCUCACUCGCUCCCCCUUCCCUGUGGGAAUAGGGGAGAGAAUGGGGAAAGCAAACCAAGCAGAACUCGUGGGUUGAGGUGAAGCUGUUUACUGAGAUAGAGAAUAGGAAAUCAAUUAGGACUCUACGUGUAUAUAAAUGAAGGUAUAUAACGAGUGGUGCACAAGGAGUUGCUCACCACCCCCAAGCGAUGCCCAGCUCGCCCCCAAGCAGUGGAAGAGAGCAAGAUGGACUCCCACCCUCUUCCAAACUCCUUCCACGUGCUGUCCUAUGGCAUGGAAUGCCCUUUGGCCACUUUACGUCAGCUGUCCUCACUCUGUUCCCUCCCCGCUCCUUGGGCCCUUGGCUGCGGACGGCCUCGGCUCUGUACAGCACGGCUCAGCAGCAGCCACAAGCAUCGGGCUGCUGCCGGCAUCGGUUUUCUCCUGGAACCAAAGCAUCCUACCAGGCACUCUGAAGAAAACAAUUCCAUCCCCGCUGAAACUAAGGCAUGCCUACGUCCUCAGCCAGUGUCAGUGAUCAGAGAUCUUCCCCCGAGCUGGUACUUUAGAGUCUUUACACCUAAAAAUGUCAGAGGCUGAAUUGAGUCGUGAUAUCCAUGUACCCAAACCUGGGAGAGAUUUGGUUGUGAACUGUGGAAUUAGGCCUCCGGUGACAUAGAUCCGUCCUGCAUUGGGUCUUAAGGGUUCUUUCCUGGAAGUGCAUUUACAGGCAGGUGUAAGAGCAGCUCCAACGCAGUGACAGCUCUUCAUUAACUCUAGCGCUUACCCAGGAGAGAGUGGGACACAGUUCUGCCGAUUAAAGCCUGGAAGGAGAAAUGCAGUUCCAAGCGUGUUGUAACUGUGCUCAGCAUCUGUACCACUUCCAUCUGGUCAUCACAGAUCAGUUCUUCAGGUAUCACGGAACGGCAUCCAGCAUUGGUGACUCUGCAGAGAACCAGGUACGUAGCUGACAGCUGGUCCUUGCCUGCCGUGGAGGCCUUGAGCAGCAGUGGCCAUCUGGAAGCGUGGGUGACCUCUGGUGUCCUCUUCUAUCCAGUGGUUACCGGGCACAGCCCCUGUGUCAGUGGGAGCCAUCUGUGCGGCAUCUACGAGCUCAGCCCCGUGGCCUGGCUUUCCAUAGGGCGAUCACAGUGCUGAAGGAGUUCUGUCCUGUAACAGCAUUAGAGACAAGAAGGAAACCUGUGUUCCAUCUGCUCGGCGGCACAGCCUGGCUCCCUGCGCGGCAGCGAUGUGCUGGGGCCCUCUGCCGGGUGGGAGCCGCCGCGGGAGCUGCUCACUGCUGACACGGUUACAGCACGAGGGGAGAGGGCAUCUUGCAGCCUGCUUGUCUUCAAGUGAAAGGAACGGAGGUUUUCUGUGGCCUUGAUUUUUGUACUUCAGCUAAAACAACUCCCCUCUUAUCAGCGUCGACGUACACACUUGCAUACUCCUCAGCAAGAAGACACGGCGAGAGCAUCCCUUCCUCCUGGAACGAGAGUGCAGACAGUCACUGCGAGGUGCUUCACGUUACAAAUGUGCCCCGGGGGGAAGUCACCGUUCCUAACGCUUUCCGGCUCGCACGCCGCGCCGGGGGCAGGCGUUCUUCUUGUCCUGGUGUCCCCCAGCAGCAGGGAAAGGUCCUUCUGCAAAAAGACUUCUUUGCACGGAACGGCUGCGAGCCGAGCUGCAGGGCUGGAGCACAGCGCCGCGUCCCAGCGCUGUGACGGAGCGCGCCCGCUUCUCCGUGGCACUGGACCUACUUUUGAGAUACUCUGUUGAGCCCUAUUUUAUAGGAGUAUGAAAAAAAGCUACCGGCUAACUAACCACUUUUACACUUGUAUAACUGAGAGCUUAGUUUCAGAAAUAAACAUGGCAAACGCU